UAGUCCUUAAAGCACCCACUGAUCCAGUGGAACUGAUUAAAAACCAUAUCGAUUUUGUUCUCUUUUUGGAAAUGAUUAUCAUAACGCUGCUGUUAUGCUUUACCAUAGAAGUCUCUGCAGUACCAGUCAAUUCAAAUGUCCGUCGUCCCCUGCUGUUACAAGGAAGGGAAACAGCAACUCAAGGUGCUCAGCACGUUGUAGCCGCAAACCAGAAACCCGAAUCUCCUAUGCCAGCCUCUAUUUCUCCCAGUGUUCAGCCACAGGCAGGAGGUCUACAGCAGCCUGAUCCACAGCCCAUUCCUUCACUGCAACAGUACCCCUGGUAUCCACAAGGGGGCAUGCCCAUGCAGCCACUCUUCUAUGGACCCCACCAGCUGACACUGCCACAGCAGCCUCUAAUUUUCCCACCUUAUGGAUACUUACCGCUGUUCUCCUCACACUAUGGGAAUCAGCUGUUCAGCCCAUAUGGUUACCCAAUGAUUCUGGAAUCGGCUCUCCCACAAACUCCAGCAAAUCAGCUUCCCAACAGUCCAGUGUUACCUGCAGAAAAUGCUGCAGGAGUUGCAGUUGCUCCUUCAAUAGAUGCAACUCAGGGAAUACAGCAGCCACAGCAGCAGCUGCAACAACAGAUUCCCCAGAUUGUAUACAUGCUACAGCAACCAAUGAGCUCACCUCUUGGCAGUCUUAGCUCUGAGGAACUUCAGAUGGCUGCUACAAUGGGCCAAUUGGGGGUGUACAUGCCUAAUGUGCUUACAAACCAGCCUGCGGGAGCUGUCCAGCCCGAGAGCCAGGCCGCAGGACUCACACACCCAGAACAACAAGGCGUUCAGCCAGCUGUGGGGACCUCAGCUGCUGGAGCUCAACCGAUAAAGGCACUGCCGUGCUCUGGAUCACAUCCAAAUGCUAGCGGGUUCUCUGCAGGUUUAGCUGGGUCGGAUGCUGCCACUGCCCAAAGAACUGCUGAACCCCAGCUUCAGCCCAUGCGGGAAACCCUUGUCUGAGACUGUUGUCACCAGUGGAGAUAACCCACAACAUACAGAGAAAACAAAAUGCAUUACUGAUGGGUACUAACAACUAUUCAGUGGAGCUUCUCAAGGAUAUUACUAACCGUUGCUAUUUAAUUUCAUUUAUUAUUAUUUUACUUAAAAAAAUAAAUAAAUAAAAAUAAAUGUCAAAUAAAAAAGGAAAACAAAUAAGGCUGGGCCUGAACUGUUUUGUCUUUCCAUGUUACUGUCUUUCAUAACCUUCAAUUAAAUA